CUUGCUUACUCACGUCUCUUCAUUACAGCAACAUUCUUCGACGAUUCCUUCCGGUUCUUAAGGAAAUUGUGUUUUUGAAACCUUUCCGCGUUGUAAACUUGACUUUUUUUGAGGAUCUGGAAAACUGAUUUAUUGGAGUAGUGGGCAGCUGAGCAUUAGCAAAAUAUCUUGGUGUCCAAUUGAAAGAAAUAGUUACCAUGAACCCACCGGACCAGAAUGGAGGUCAUGUUAAUAAUCUGGACGGCGAUAAAAAAGAGAAAAGGGUGUACAAAGUUGUUUUGACUGGAGGUUUGUUCCAAUAUUAUGCUAAAAUAACCGUUUAGGAGCUUCAAGGAGGCUUUGGUCGUCAAUUUGAGGCCAAGUAAUAACAAAUUGUUUGUUAUUGUUUACCUAUCUAGAAGGCGUACUUCGUUAAACUAAAAACAUUCAACAAAAUUAAGCUCUUUUACCUUUUUUUACCAUGAGGAGCUGUAGUUUGCUUCAUACUUGAAUUUUUACGAAUUUAUCACAUACAAUGCCGUGAACAGCAUUGGGCAAGAUUUAAUCCCGUGCUUUUGUUUGUAAAUAAUUAUCGCAUGCUGGCGUUUUUAUUAAAUUCGACAUAGGAAAUCAUCUCACUAAACUGAAAAUAUCAGAAAUGUAAGUCAGUAGGAAGAAAGAGGUGAUUUCUAUUUUUUAUGUGUGUGUGUGAUUAUUUUAAAGGUCCUUGUGCAGGGAAAACAACUGUUCAAGCAAUGAUGUCAACUUUCUUUGAAAAUCUUGGAUGGAAGGUGUGAAUAUUUUAUACCCCUAAGGGAAUAAAUCUGUACUUCUAAGAAAAUUUGCCAAGAGUGUUUGCCAAAACGGAGGUCGAGAAUCAUCUGGUAGAGAUCUCUUCACUUGGUCCUAAUUUUGAUCCUGUCCUGCAUAGACUGAUGUAGACACCAUCAUUCAUAACAAUCAUAACACCUCAAAUUUCAAUUUCCUCUUCCAAAUGCUCAUGACAUUGCAUAUGAAAAACCUAAUUAAAAAAUUGUAAACAUUAUAGGGUUAGCACCAUAACAGUUUGACAAUUAUUCAAGCUGUGAAGGGCAUUUUUAACAACUGGGAAUUUCUUUUGUGGAACAAUGAUACAUAAACACCAUUAUUUUUAUCCCAGUGCAAUUCAAAUGCAAUUGUAGAUGCCUCAAUCAGCAACAGGUUUCCAUUGGAACAUUUGGCAACACUGAAAUGUGUCCUUAAGCUAGCCAAAUGAUUAUGCAUUGAUAUUUUAAUUCAAGUGCUUUCAACCAAUAACAAAACUAGGCAUCACAUUUGAGAACAAUUUCACUCUUCAAUGACCACUAAUGAUUUUAACCCAAGUUUUAAAAUAGUAAAUGAAUGAGGAACAAAACAGGUGAACCAUUUGCAUUUUAAGUACAAUAAUUUGGGUUGAUUCUUAUGUUUAGCAGCAUUUCUUUUCCAUUUUUGAAUGCAUUUAUUGGUGACCAAGUGUCAACCUGGUUGAGUUCCAACUUGCCUUUUAAAAAAGCAUUUCUUAUCAUACUUGGCACUAUAUGCAAAAACAAAUCAUCAAACCUUUGGCAAAUAUUUACCUGUGAUUAUUGAUUUUACAAAUUCAUGUCAGAAUGAUUUUUUCCAAACUUGAUAAUUUCUGUUUUAUCACCAGGUUUACAGAGUUCCAGAAGCAGCCACUGUAUUGCUGGGGUAAAAUUUAUUGAAAACAAACAAUCCACAACUUUAUUUUAUUUUAAGACCAAACACACUUUUCUUCAAUAAAUCCAAAAAUUUAAAGAUCAGAUGGUGUGAAAAAAUACUCUAUAUUUCUUUUCUUUUUUUUGUAAUUUAGAAAUUUAGAGAUCAUAGUUUGUUAGAAACACUCUAUAUUAUUUUUUUUAAAAUUUAGAAAUUUAGACAUCAGAUUGUGCCACCAAUAAUUUAUUAAAAAUUUUUUUUUUGUAUAGUGGCGGCGUGAAGUUUCCAGAUCUCAGUGAGCAAGAAGGUGUGUAAUAAAUUGGGAGCUUUGCUUACUAUCAAUCAUCUUGACUAGUCUUGUUAUAAAUGUGCCUAUGAACUAAGGAGCCAGCCUUUAUUCAUUGCUGGGGUAGUGAGGGGGAGUUGGAAGGAUUUUGGUCAUGUUUUAAUAAAAUUCACAUGAUUCCCCCUAAGGCUUUGUGGCAUUCCAAUGAUCCCCCUUGUCUAUAGUCCACCCUUAAUACUCUUUCACUAGCAACUGACCCUGCUCCAUUUUCCUUGAAAACCAUGUGAUUCCCUUCCAAAAAAUCCUCGGACCCUCCUCACCCUCCUGUGACAAAUAAUAAGUGGUCCUCAAGUACUGAAAGUGAAGAGAACUCCGACUUUUUAUAUCCUCUUUUUGUAGUGUAUAACUUUCAGGAAAAUUUAAUACGGACAAUGCUGCAGUUGGAGCAGACAUUCUUUGACCUCGCUUCCACAAGCAAGACAGACACAAUAGUGAUUUGUGACCGAGGGGCUAUGGAUCCUUCAUCUUGUAAGUCAACUGAACUGUUACCCUACAAUUUUUUUAAGUUUCAGAUCUCUUUCCUGGGGAAGGGAAUAGAAACCUUGAAGGAGGAAGAGGAAGGAGUUCUGGGUUAUGUUCAAUAGUAUGUGGGAACUCAACCAAAAUGGAAGUGUUUAGUUCCAAGAUAUUUCAAUUAAAAUAAUUAAUGACUUCCAGAUUGAAACAGGUUAACUGUACAAGAAUUUACUUGUCACAGGGUUAGUACAGGUCCUGGAAAACCUGGAAAGUUGUGGAAUUUUAUUUUGACAUUUUCCAGGACUGGAAAGUCCUGGAAAAAGACUUCAGGUCCUCAGGAAAGUCCUGGAAAUCUGCUUAUGUCAAGUGAUAAAGUUUUCAUAAUUUAUGUUAUAAGAAAUCUAUAUGGAUCAUGAGAAGAUUUGAUUUUGAAAUACUGGGAAAUUUGGAGGCCAAGAAAAAUCAAUCUGAGUCCUGGAAAAGUCCUUGAAAUUUGUUUCUGAAAAAGGGUACAAACCCAGUUGUCACACUUCAUCACCAUGACUUCCUGAACCCUUCAAGAUACUGUACUAUGGCAGAAAGACAGGAUAAUUCACAGCCAGACCUUGGCAAGCACAAAGUAUUGUUGCAUAUAAAGUGUGAAUUAUUUAAGUAAAAAAGUUGGGGAAAAAAAUUAAAACUGAAUUUGAUGUUAAAACCAUUAUUAAUAAUGAGAUUCUAUAUUGUAACAUUUGAAUAGCCUUUAGUUAAUGGUUUUCUUAUAACUUUGCAGAUAUGAGUUCAGAGCAGUGGGAUAAACUUCUUGAAAAUAAUGGUUGGAACAAUGUGUCAUUACGAGAUGCACGCUAUGAUCAAGUGAUUCAUUUGGUAAGGUGCACAAUAUUGGUGAACCCCUGUCUAUGUAUCUUUGUUUGAAUUAUUUUUUUUACUACACACUGUUCUGCAAAUCCAAGCUUUUUCUGGUUAGAUAGAAGAUUCAAGUUUCUCAGCUGGAACUGGGAUUCACUCCUGUCCUGAAAAAUACCUCUUUAAACUUUUGGCAUCAAUGGACCUUAUUAUUAAUUUUAAACUUUUGGUACUUCAAUUCUUGUGGGAUGCAGAAAUCAAUUAAAUUUCUUGUAAGUGAUUUGAAGCAUGUAGUCACAUUGAUAAACUUUCAGAUUUUAAAAAAUAAUAUUUAAUAUUGAUGUUUUGCAGGUAUCAGCUGCUCAAGGAGCAGUAGAAUUUUACACAUUAGCAAACAACAAAACACGAAAGGAACCUAUAGAACAAGCGAGGAAAUUGGACAGACUAACACAACAGGUCCAGUUCACACCUUAAUUAACAUUUUACUCAAAUCUGCAUUGACAUGAGAUUCAGUCGGAUUUUAAUUUCUCCUUACAGUAUCAGCCUUGAAUCACAAAUUCUGAUCACAAGAUUAAACAAAAUAAUCACCAAAGAAAUAAACCCUUGAUUAUGGAACAAAUUCUCCUUGGCAGCUCCCUAGGAAGUGCAUAGAGAAGAGUAUGAAGAAUAUACAUACUGGUGUAAGGCUGUAAAUGGUUAAAAGGGAUUACUGCAUCUGAACAAUAUUUGGAUGGUGGGGAGUCCCCUUCAGGAAACUGCUCAACUAGACGAUUGAACAACCAUGACAGAAGCACUUCUGAUCAACUAAAGGCUUCAAAAAUAUCAAUAUUUUAUCCCCUUGUAUCAAUUAUGAAUAAUAAAGUACUAGUCUAGUAACUGAUCAAGUGAAAAUGAAUGACCCAGCUGGAUUGUGGUUUGAUUCAGCAGGAUUAGGGUUGAGGUAAAAUUGCUUAAACUAUAGCAACUGAGGUGUAAAUUGAAGAAGAGUAAACUUUAAGCUUAUUUUUUCUUCCAAAACAGGCCUGGGUUGGUCACCCAUAUGUUGAUGUGAUUGAAAACAAUAUGGACUUUAGCAAAAAAGUGCGGCGGGCCAUUGAUGUAAGAAAUUUAUAGUGUACAGAUUAGUCAACAUUGAAAACUCAUUUUUAGUAAUGACUUCUUAUUUAUGUGUGAGAGGUGAACUAAAUGUAAACAGGGUCAGUAUAGGCUGUUUUUGUGAAAGAACUUUGAUUUUUAGAGUUAAAAAUCUCACAAAAAGUAAUCCAUUUUGCAGGCUGUAUGUUUCAGAAUGCGUAUUGAUACUGGAGAUCGUCUGUCCCCAGAGAGUGUAAAACGCAAAUUCCUUGUUACAUCUCUGCCAGAUGUCAAGGUAAUAUUAUGCUCUAUAUAUUUUUGAAUUUACUCCAGGGGUUGUUGUGCUACCAUCAAAUAACUUCUGUAAGGAGUUGAUUAAGCCUUAAAUCAUAUUGCCCUUAUUUAAUCAUUUUGUUUUCAUUUCAGCUUGAAUGGAUUAUUGUUUAUUUCCCUGUAGGCUUUUCCUGUGUUUCAAGACUUUGAUGUGGUUCAUGACUACCUUUCAACCUCAAAUCCAGAAAAACAAGCACGUCUGAGAAGAAGAGGACAGAAUGGUAAGUUUGUCUUAUGGAAAAUUUCAGACCCCUGCUAAAUUUUCAAAACCACUCAGCAGAGAAGAUUUUCACAAAAACUUUUCUCUUUUAUCCUUUUUUAAGACCCUCCCUCUCUAGGGAAGUGGUACUUUUUCAAAAUUCAGGUGAGGUUUGCAGCAUGCCACUUCACAGAGCAUCAGCUUUCCUACAAAGAAAAAUAAAGGCUUAAAAUUUUCAGAUCAAUAUCAGUAUCUGGGCAACUGCCCACUUACCCCUCCCCUAACACAACAUUAACCCUGACUUGUUAGGUUAGGGGAGGGGUAGGUGGGCAGUUGCCCAGAUACUGAUAUUGAUCCAAAUUUCCAACCUUUCAUCAGAAUUUUAAUAACUUCACCCUACUAUCACUAAACCUGAUUUCAAACAACCCCCAUUCUGGAGAGUGAACAAAAUCACACCUGCUAUCAAACUCGGGUGUUAAAAUGAUGUCCAAUUUUAGAGCAAAAGGUUAUCUCCUUUCUUAUUAAUUUUUGUCAAUUGUCAUUCUAUAGAAGGUCAAAGGUUAACCUUCAGUUAGUGGCUGAAAGUUGAAAAAUCUUCCUUAUCUGGAAAUAUGACCACAACAUUAAAAAUUAUCAUCACUCAUUUGAAAUUAUAUUUCUUUUAGGUCAUUUUACAUACAUGCACACAUUACGACAAGAAACUAACGUCAGUGGCCAAAUUGUAGAAGUCAGAACAAAUUUAUCUUCCAGAGAUUAUGAGGUGUGUACAUCAAGUUACAAAAUUUCUUGUGCAUUAUUUGUUAACAGGUCCUGAAUUUAAGAUCUCCUUGUUUAAAUAGUCCUGUCUCACUUAUAGCUGUGAAAAUUUAUUUCUCUUCAGAUAUUACAUUCUCAAUAUGAUCAUACUCGGCAAUCUGUUUAUAAGACCAGAAGAUGUUUUUUGUGGAAAAACCAGUACUUUCAACUUGAUAUCUACAAUGAGCCUUGUCAUCCAAGGUAGGUUUGAUUCAGUACACAAGAAAAGUCUUUGUAAAGUUCUCAGAGCUACCUUAAAACUUUAGGUUGGCAAAAACCUCCAAAACAUACUUGAUAUUUGCUUUUCUAUUAUCUUUUCACUCGUAAGAUUUCAUUUAUGUUGUAGUUCUGGUUACAGUCUGCUAUACAAUUCUUAUGAUGUUAGUUGGGAGAAUUUGGUAUAGGAUCAACUAAUAAACCUCUUGUUGAUAUUUUUCUUUAUUCUUAUAACUUGUCUGCUUGAUAUUUUAUUGAAUGUAUUCUAACAUUUUAUUGGGUUGGCUCUACAGGUGUAAAGGGCUUCGAAUCCUUGAAACUUACACCACCAUAAAACAAGGUGACUUGGAGUUACCAGAUUUCCUGGAUAUUGCCAAGGAAGUAACAGGGGACCCAAGUUACUCCAUGUUCCAUCUAUCUUUAAAAGAAUAGUCAUUGUUAGACUGCAUGAAAAUACACACAAGUUACAACUAUAUUUUUCCUUGUAGUGGUCAGACAAAUAACUGACAAUGCAGCUACUGUUAACAGGAUCAUUUGAAGGAAAUUAGCCCAUUACUUCACUUGACCCUUAAAACCCUAACAUCAGUAUGCACACUCUCCAUAGCAUUUUCCAUAAAUUUCCUAAGAUGCUUCUAAGGAGAAUUUGUUCAACAAUCAAGAGCUUUUUUAGUUGGAGAUCAUAUCCUCUAUUGUUGUGGCCUUUAAAUGUGUGAUUCAGGAGUGAUAUUGUAAGAGGAAAUUACAAGAUGCUAGUCACUUAAAUGAGUCAAAUGGUUAAAGGAAACAAAUUGUGAUUCCAAAUAAAGUUGUUGGUGCCAAUCAGAUUUUAGAACCAAAGCAAGGAAAAAUAAGAGAAUUUAGAUGAGAUUCAUAGAUUGUUUGUGUGACAUGGUAACAGUAGUUGCAGUAUUUGAUUGAAGGGUUUUGAAGGCAAGUACUUGGCAUUGAAUGCAGAGCAUUUUGAAUAGUGGUGGUGGUGCGUGUGUGUGUGUGUGUGUGAGUGCAUGACAAAAUUUGUGUUUAAAAGAAUAACGCAUUGUAACUGAAGACCUUCAAAUUGUAAUGAGAAUUUUAAAGAACUGUCUCAUUACUUUGGUUGAUCAAAGUUAUAAUUAUCAUUUCAAGAAGAGGGCAAGUUAGGGUUUAAAUCAGACUUUCCAAGCUUUGAUUUUGGAGUUUUAAAACCUUUUCAUUUGCACCUACAAUUAAUGUCUUGAAUAAUUUUUACUUGACACUGGAUAGGUAUUACUCUGACCAGAGUUGGGAGAGAGUAGAUUUUUUUUUUAAUUAUUAGGCAACUAUAGAAGAACAAAUUUAUGAUUUUUAAUAUAUACUGAUGUAUUUAAUUUUUUUUAGCAUAGUUUGACCUCCUUGGAGUGAGUUUAAUUUUAUGCAGUUAACCUCUACAAUGGUAAAACAAUUUAUCAGUGAUCGUCAAUUGUGCGGCACCAUUUUGUUGUCAGGGUGUGAAAAUUUAUGGAGGCAGUCUCUGUCAGUAUUUUCUUUGAAUGUAAAAAGUUUUGAAUAAUUUAAUAUGGAAACCCUUCCUGAGCCUGAAGAGGGCAUUUAAUUUAUAGUUAGACAUUUUCUUUUAUGGCCACUUAUUACACACUGAAGUAAUUUAACUCAAGUUAACUUAUUUUGAACCAGCUUGAGCAGCAAGAGCCUAGCACCUGAAAAUGCUUCCCCUAACCCCAACCCACUCCCUUUCUGCUUUUGGAACUUUCAAAUGUUUUGGCCAAUAUCAAUUAAUGUCAGCAGUAAAUAUCAAUAAUUAAAACUUCAUGUAGGUAGUAAAAAUACUGAGAAUGAUCUUGACAUAAUUGUGUCUUACAGGUGUAUGUUAAUUAGUCUGAACUUAGAGUGGAAAUUGAUGUCAAAUUACUUUUGUUUUUU